UCUAAUUUUUUAGCUUUCGAUUUUGUUCCGGGGGCUUUUCUUGUCUUCGUCUUGGUGUUUGUACUUUAUAGUGUCUGUAUACACAGAAAACAUUUAACAAAUGGAAUAUCGAACCCAUUUUUAGUUGAAGAACAGUAAUGGCUUCUACUGGUGGUCACAAUGAAUCUGUUUUGAUGUCAAACAACUUGGCCGUGGCGACAUUAAAGAAAUUUAUUUCCUCUGUGUGUCAUCUGACUUUAAUGCCAAAUGGAAAUAUAUUAAGGAAAGCUACUGGCUUUCUUGCAAAAUUCUCUAUUGGUGGCGACAAUACUAUGAUGGUUGUUGUUGUGACAACCAACCAUUUUGUCUCUAGAAAGGAUGAAGCCAGCAAUGUUGAAGCAACAUUUGAAUAUGAAGGCCAAAAUGAAAUCAAGGCCAUUCAACUAAACCCAGAGAUUUUUUUUAAAACGGAUAAGGACCAUGAUUAUACUUUUGUGGGCAUUAGUCCACAAGAUAUUGAUGAUUUGCAAGUGGGAUUUGACGUCACUCCAGUGAAGCUAGAGAAAACCAAGUUUUGUGUAGAUGCCGAUGAUAUUGUUUAUAUUCCACAGCAUCCUGGUGGAAGACCAAAGAGAAUGAGUUGUUCUAAAGUAACUCACAUAACACAAUCAGAAGUAUUUUAUCAAGCAGAUACAUCUGGAGGUUCAUCUGGUUCUCCUGUGCUUUGUGUUCAAAACAAUGAUAUGUAUGUCUUGGCUUUACAUAAAUCAGGCUCUGAAACACUUCUGGAUGGAAGAAUUGCAAAUAAAGGGAUAUUGAUGAGUUGUAUUUUGGAUCAUGUAUGUGGACAAAGAGGUGAUGACGAGAGAGCACCAAACAAUGAUGGAGCAUCUUCAAAAGGUAGACACGAGUCUGGUGCGAUUGUUCAAGACCCAACCGCAAAUCAAACAGAAAAAACUUCAGAUUUAGCGUCUAUUAACAAUGUGGCAAAACGUGAUCCAUCCUGUGUUCAAGAAUCAGGAAAUGCUUCGUCAAAGUCAUCUUCAGCAAGGGUGUCACCAUCAGUGAGCCCUCAAUCAGCGGCAUUUCCAGGAGGUCCUCAGCCAUGUCCCAAAGAACCCAUUUGUACUGAACCAUUUGAAACUAAAGAGUUGAUUCGAAUUGCACAAAGAAUGGGGGCAAAAUGGCCAAUUGUGGCCAAACAAACAGGAAUGUUUAAAGAAUGGGAAAUUGAUAAUAUCAUGAGCAAUAUUUCACUUACAAGUGAUAUUUUGAAAGCCGAUCGAAUGUUGACAGAUUUUAAAGCACGCUUAGGCACGAGAGAAAUUAUUGCUGAAGCCAUCGAAAAUUCGCCAGAUCUAAAACUGGCCCAAAAAGUGCGCUCUGGAUUUUAUAUUUGGAAUGUUGACUGAUGGAGUUUUAUUAUAGUCCAGUACUUCGUGCUAUUUUAUUAGAACAUUCACCAUUGGAUUGUCAAUUUUUUAAAACACACACAAUUAAGAUGAUCAGUUAUGUAAGUUUGAAAAAGUUGCCAUUUUACAAAAUUUUGACACAUGAAAAAUGAAAUAGCGCGAUCAUGUUUGCUGUGAAAACCAUUAUCAGAUACUGUCGAAUUAACAUCGAGCUAAUUCUGAGGUUGUCAAAUGUUCGAAAUAGUAAAAUUGUUGCAGAUCUUUCUAAGAUAUGGAUUAAUAAUCAAUGUGGCAACAUUUUUAAAUACCCUCUUAUGAAAUAGUUCCAGCAAAAUGUACUUAAGAUUUAGGGAUAGAGAAGUUGUUAAAACAACAAUCGUCCUAAUCUUGUCUUAACACAAAUACACCUUUCUAAAAAUUGUCACAAAUGUGACUUAAAGAAGUCUUGGCUUAGCAGGGGGUAAACGUUUGCCUAGAAACUGACCGGCUGGCAGUCAGGACUUUGCUACAAGACGUUUUAAUUACGAAAAAUGAAAUGACAUUAUUGGUGUCACAUUUACUGCUGUAGUGAGCUGUACUACCCAAGUAAUAUAAUUUUGAAUCAGCAGUUUUAUUCCGCUGUGUUCACUAUUGAUAUAUGGGUAAAAGAUACAUUAGGAGAAAGCCUACCAUAGCAUUGACCUACGGUGUCUAGUUUUUGCAAUGUCCUGAUUGAACAGCGGUUGCCCAAAUGUGUUACGUUUGCCCGUAAUUGCCCAUGUUUGUGAUUGUGAUAUUUGACUGUUGUACUGCAAAUGCAGGAAUUGUAAGAAUUAGGUGAUAAAUGUAAGCAUUUUAAAGCCUCUCCUAUGCAUGUUCGAUCGAUGUUACAUUGUAGGGUAGAUUUUUGUAAAAUUAAGUAAAUUGAUUACUGCAAUAAAUUAAUUUGCUUUACCGCACGAAAAUGUAUACUUUUUAAAUAA